AUGAACACACACUUCAACUCUGCUCUGAAGCAGAGCACGGCGAUCCGCAAAGACCUGUCGGCGCUGUCCCACCCGUCCUUCGGCAGCGACGACACACCGGGAGGAACAACACCGCUGACGCCGGCGGCGCUAGGCUCGGUCAGCGCGGCCCUGGCCGCCUUCAGCCGCACCAUCGAAGAGUACCACGCGCUGGCCAAGCAGGAGCUGAGCGCGGCCAAGCAGGACAAGGCAUUUGAGCGCGUGCGCAACUUCCGCGGCGAGCUGCACGAGUUCCGCGCCCAGGUCGACGCGCUCAAGGCCGCCCGCGACGACGCCGCCCACGCCCAGAACCGCGCCGAGCUGCUCGGCCGCCGCCCCUUCGCCGCAGCCACCCCGGAGAAUCCGUAUGCGAGCAGCAGUAGUGCUGGGACGGGGUAUGGCGUGGCACCGUCAGGGGCUGGCCACGCGCGGACGACUAGCAGUGCUGAGGCUGGGAGGGUGAUGGUUGGUGGGGGUCUGGCGCUGGGCAGCGGCGAUGCUGCGAGGGAGACGCACGCCCUGCGCGAGCAGCAGUUCUUCACCAGCACCCACUCGGCCCUCGACGACUACAUUGCCCGCGGCCAGGCCGUGCUGGGCGACCUGGGCCAGCAGCGCGACAUCCUCAAGUCGACGCAACGCCGCCUGUACUCGGUCGGCAACACGCUGGGCAUCUCGGGCGACACCAUCCGCAUGAUCGACCGGCGGGCUAGGCAGGACAAGUGGAUCUUCUGGGCCGGCGUCGUCGUCUUUUUCCUGUUCUGCUGGCUAGUGCUGCACUAUCUAAGAUGA